UUAAUUUGGAGUGAUAAUAAGGUAAAGUUUAACGGGCAAUAAAGUGCUUAAAAUAGUCAACCAGCUCAUCAGGAAAGAACAGUCUAUUAUCGGCAAGGACGUCCUUAAAUUUGGGAGGGUCUUGAAAGAGAAGAAUCAAAGACGAACGUGGCAUCCGCGGUUCAACUGAAUAACCAGAAAACAGGCACAAAAUUUUGUUUCUUGCUAUAAAUCCGCUGUUUGCCAAUAAUCUGCAUUCGCCAUUAUUUUUUUUUCCUCUUCCUCUGUUUCCCAAUGAUGAUGAUGAACUACAGGGCGUUGUGGUUGUGGCUCUCCGUCGCAAUCGUCUUCUCCGUGCAAUCAUGCCGGGCUCUCGCCGCCGGCGAGGGCUCCAAGGAAGCGGACAAGAUCGCCGCGCUGCCGGGCCAGCCACCGGACGUGAAGCUACAGCAAUAUUCAGGCUACAUCAACGUCAAUGAGACUUCCGGGAAGUCGCUCUUCUACUACUUUGUGGAAGCCUCCGUUGAUGCUGCCCACAAACCGCUUCUUUUGUGGCUCAACGGAGGGCCUGGCUGCUCAUCCAUGGGCAUCGGAGCGUUCCAGGAGAUCGGGCCCUUCCGCGUGGACACGGACGGCAAGACGCUCUGCCGGAACCCGCACUCCUGGAUUACUGCGGCGAACCUGCUGUUCCUGGAGAGCCCCGUGGGCGUGGGCUUCUCGUACGCGGCGGUGAAGCCGCAGGAGGUGUACAGCACCAUAGGGGACAACAUGACGGCGCACGACUCGCACACCUUCCUGCUCCGGUGGCUCGACCGGUUCCCGGAAUACAAGACCCGGGACCUCUUCAUCGUCGGCGAGAGCUACGCCGGCCACUACGUCCCGGAGCUCGCCGUCACCAUCCUCGACAACAACUUGCUCCCGCACGCGACCCCCAUCAAGCUCAAAGGAAUCGCCAUCGGGAACGGCAUACUGGAGUUCGCGGCUGAGCAAACGCAGCUGUACGAGUACCUGUGGCAGCACGCGUUCAUAUCGGACUCGGCGCACGCGCUCAUCACGCAGAGCUGCAAGUACCCCGACGACCACCCGUCGGCGCUCUGCGAGUCGGCGAGGAAAGCGGCGUAUAGCCGGAUUGGCAACAUCGACAUCUACAACAUAUACUCGUCCACCUGCCACGAACAGAAAGUCAGGCCCUCAGCCUCCAAGUGCAUGGAUUUGGCUGAUCCGUGCUCCCAAUACUUCGUGGAGGCGUACAUGAACCAGCCCCAGGUACAGAAGACGAUCCAUGCGAACACGGAGUUGAAGUAUCCCUGGACUAGAUGCAGGGUUUACAACCUAGACCACUUCGGCGACUCGCCAAAGUCAAUGCUGCCAUACAUCAAGGCAGUGAUAACCGGCCGCAUCCGCAUCUGGAUAUUCAGCGGCGACUUGGAUGCGAUGGUGCCGGUGACGGCGACGAGGCAGUCGAUGGAGAGGCUCCAGCUGCGGGUGGCGGCGGACUGGCGGCCGUGGUCGGCGGACGGCAAGGACGUUGCCGGGUACGUGAUCGCGUACGACGGGCUGGUGUUCGCGACGGUGCGCGGGUCCGGGCACAUGGCCCCGAUCGACCAGCCGGAGCGAGCGCUGGUGCUCGUCUCCUCCUUCAUCCGGGGGCAGCCGCUCCCACCGCCGCAACCUGAUCAACACGACGCCUAGCGCGCGUGUGCCCCACCGCUGCACCAGUUGCCAUACGUAGCUAGGGAGAUUGGCAUGGCAUGGCCGAGCUGAGGAGCUCAACGUGUCGUCGUGCACUCGUGCGUCGUCGGAUCGGAAGUGAAUUCUCGCUGUACUCUUGGUGUCUUUCGAGACUCGAUCGCAACUGUGUUUAUGUGUGUAGGGUGACGCAUAUUUCAGUCAA